AUACGAUAAUAAAAAUAAGCCAGUCAAAAUGUUACUACGGUGGCACUGAGUUGUGGUGUCUUGUUAUAGUCGUCUGUCAGGAUUCAGAAGAUGAUCUCGAUCAUCAAGGCUGCUGUGGGUGGCGUGGCUGCCGUCUGCGCCCACGUUCACCAAAACGGUUUUCAGCACCAUCACUUACGAGUUCUAACUGCUGGCCUGAAGACAUUUGAAAUUCCACCUGACUACAGUGAUGUGGUGUUGCCAGACAAACCCAAACUGAAGUUUAUGAACAAGGUGCCUAAUUUAAAAAAAGCCAAGAAGGAAAUGAAGAAGCUACGGGACAUUCAAGGCCCAGCUCGGGCAGCAAAUACCUUCACAACUGGAAAGUAUGCAAUCGUGGCAAUGGGGGGAGGCUACCUCCACUGGGGUCACAUGGAGAUGAUUCGUCUCACCAUCAACCGCAAGAUGGAUUCCCGUACUACGUUUGCUCGCUGGCGCAUCAAUGCCCCUUACAAGCCAAUCACACGCAAAGGGCUGGGGCAGCGCAUGGGUGGUGGCAAGGGAGCCAUCGACCACUAUGUGACGCCGGUCCGUUUUGGUCGCUUCAUUGUGGAAGUGGGAGGAAAGGUGGAGUUUGCGGAAGUGCAGCAUAUUUUGACUGAAGUGGCAAAGAAACUUCCUUUCCCUGCAGAUGUGAUGAGUCGAGAAAGCCUGGAAGCCUUUCAUCAGAAUCAAGCCAAUAUGGAGGAGAACAACCAGAACCCGUGGACCUUCAAGCAGAUUGUCCAAGGAAACAUGCUUGGUAUCAGGAAGGUCCUCAGCCCCUUUGACCUAAUACAUCAGGGACGCUUCACAGGAAAAUUUUACAACCCAGGAAGGGUAUGACAGAUCCACAAAGACAGAGACCAGUGAUGACGAUGUGUGUCCUUCGCUUCAGUGAAAAGAACCUCGACUUCCAAAGACUUUGGCUUUUUGAAAUACAUGUAACUCCUUUUUGUAUUAAUAUGCAUUUUCAUUUGUGCGUGUGUUCAAACUCCUUUGAUGUCUUAUUCUCAAUACAACCAGUCAGUUGAGGUGAAAUAAACAUUUGGACUC